AUGAAGACAGUAGUUCUGAUUGCCGCGAUUUGCGCGAUCGCGCUCGCCUCGCAUCAUUCUGCCGAUCCAUCCAAGGAUGGCGAGCACUUCAAAGGAAAAGAGCACGACGCCAAAUACGAUCACGAGCAAUUCCUUGGAAAGGACACCGCCGCCGAGUUUGACGAGCUCACUCCAGAGAAAUCGAAGGAAAAGCUUUCGAAAUUGGUGCCGAAGAUGGACUCCGAUGGAGACGGCUUCGUCGAGGAGAAUGAGUUGAAGGAUCACAUCAACUUCAUGCAGAAGAGAUACGUCAACAAUGAUGUUGAACGCACCUGGAAGAACUACAAGUCUGACAAGAUUGUCGAUGGAAAGAUCACCUGGAAGGACUACAGAGAGAUGGUCUAUGGAUCCCCAGAUGGAGCUGGACAGGAGCUUUCUCCAGAAUACGCUAAGAUGAUCGCUCGCGAUGAGAAGCGUUGGGCUGUUGCUGACUAUGACUCCAAUGGAGCUUUGGAUCGCACUGAAUAUGGCUGCUUCAUGCAUCCAGAGGAUUGCGAUCACAUGCGCGACAUCGUUGUUGCUGAGACCGUUGACGACAUUGACAAGAACAAGGACGGAUUUGUUGAUUUGGAGGAGUACAUUGGUGAUAUGUACCGACCAGAAGACUAUCCAGAAUUGAACGGAAAGGAGCCUGAUUGGGUGCAAUCCGAGAGAGAAAUGUUCAAGGAGCACCGUGACAAGGAUGGCGACGGAAAGCUUAAUCAGGAGGAGAUGCGCGAUUGGAUCAUGCCAGUUGGAUUCGAUCACGCUGAAGCCGAAGCCCGCCACUUGGUCGGAAUCGCCGAUGACAACAAAGAUGGAAAACUCUCGUUGGAGGAGAUCGUUGCCCACUACGACACCUUCGUCGGAUCUCAAGCCACCGAUUACGGGGAGCAGCUUCAGAAGCACGAUCCAGCCGAGCUCUAA